GAGGAUAUAUCAUUAUCAAGUUAAGAAGAAGGAGAAGAGAAGGAAGAGCGGAGAAACGGAAGAAGACGAUGCAGAGUUUAACGUCAAACGAAGUAGCGGGUUUAGCAGUUGGAGCUCUGCUUCUUGGUGCCACCAUCGCUGCUCCUAAAGUUGAUGCUUUUAUCGCUGCUUCUCAGAGAAGAUCUCUUGGAAUGUGUCGAAAAUGUGGAGAUCUUAAGAAUGUAGCGUGUGGCCGUUGCAAAGGAACAGGAACAAUCAAAUCAGGAGGGUUCUUUGGAUUCAGUGACUCAUCAAACACAAGAUCAGUCGCUUGCGAUAAUUGCCAAGCCAAAGGUUGCUUCCCUUGCCCCGAAUGCUCAAAAUCUUGACCAUUGUCUCGGUAUUUUAUAGAUUGCAUCAAUACUAAAACUACUUGUAUCAUCUUCUUGACCUAUAUGAUAAAUGUAAUCGGUCCAUUGGUAUUUGGUAAUAUUGAAGCUGAAGCAUGUCUUAUCCGUUUUAGAAGUCUCUUAUUCCAAUUCUUGAUCAGUUAAACCGGAUGCUUGUGAAUUCUUGAUUUGGUUAGCUUUAACCGGGUCUUGUUCUGCCUUUAACCCGGAGAAAUCCACUAUAGUAAACCAAAUGCUCGUCU